AUGGCCGUCAGCAUGCCAAUCUCGGACGUGGAAGCGAUAGAAGUGAUUAGUGUGGAGAGUGGUAGAGAUCCAAAUCAAGUCAUUGAUGCCACGGCCAUAGAUGAGAGCAAGCGCUACAUGGAACUGGUUCCGGCGCGCUCCGCCUACGACAAUCACAUGCUGUCUUUCAUUAGGACGGACAAGGUCCGCUCCAAGUGGAGGCCGUGGUGGAUGUUGAUUGCCAACUUCAUCACGCAGUAUGUGGUGGUAUAUCUCCUUUGGCAAAAGUUGAAGGCCGCUAGAAGCGAAACGGAUGCCGAGCUAUUCGGACAUUCUGGCAUAUUGAAAGCUGCAUCUCAAGGUCUGUGCUUUAAGCGAGGAGAGUCCAUGAAAUGGUCCGGACAGGGGAGCCUCAGUUGUGCACAAGAUGAAGUGUUCCUUUUUCAGGACUUCCACUUUCUGGACCUUAACGGUGAUGGGGUUUGGACUUUCCCAGAGGCAAAGGAACUUGAUGCACAGUACAUUGCGGACACUGGCCGGCAUGUGAACAUGGCAGAUGUGUACCAGAACGUGUUAACACAGAUCAGGAGUCAUGCUUACCGAAGUGUCAUGCCCUGUGGCCUCAAUGACACAGUAGAGGCCUUCAUGGACAAUUGGGGCAUAUGGACUGAGGUUCAGAUUUAUGCCAUCAGCAGUAGCGACCAGGUCAGUGUAAUCGCCACACCCAACAGUGGAUGGGCUGGUGCCAAUUGGUCACAUCCCAGAGGCUCCCUGCGAAGAGUUGUGGAAGGUCAGCCUUUUGACUGCAGUGUACCUAAGUGCACGAACACAGACGCUGGUGCCACCAGCCAAAAAUACCUCGGUUGCGAUGACUUCGCAACCUAUCGCCUGGCGUGCACAGAAGCAGAUGUGGACAUAAUCGAUGAUGAGGAUUUCUCUGUCCGCACAAUGUGCUGCGUUUGUGGAGGCGGAUCAACAAGUGUUUCCCUGGCUGGAAUCUCGCACUUGCCGGUGAAUUUGUCCAUGCAGUCGGUAAGUCACCUUGAGCAGUACACAACCUGUUUGCAGAAGUUCUCUCACACCAACAGUCAGGAGGUGUGCAUUCAGAACUUCACCUUCCUGCCGGAGUGGGUUUUUCAAAGAGAGUUGGCGGCAUUUGCCAACCUCUGCAUGUUGCCAGACCAUGGUCUCUGUGCCAACCUGGCAUCGAAAGACAUGCUGCCGCCCCUGGACUUCGCCGUCGAACAUGCGCUGCCCAUGUUUCUGAAAACGACCGGAUUUAAAACACUGGCGGAGUUGCGUCCACAGGAGAUCUGCAAGAGGACUGUGGAGACAGUAUGCCCGGCCAUUUUUGCAGUUGAGUCGAGCUUGUUUCAGGAGCGGAGGAACGACAUCUGCGGGGUCCCAACGGGUCAGGUUGAAGAUGAGAAAAGGACCUUAGCCUAUGAGAGUAGCACGCAGUACAACGGCUCUGCCUUCGGGCUGACGUCAUGGGGUUUCGAAUUGUUCUUGCUGCUCAUCACACUCCUCUGGGGCCUGGCGGCCGUGGAGGAGUUCCGCAUCAUCCUCGUUUGGUGGAAUGUUCUCCUUUCGUUGCGAACCCUGACGGAUAAGGAGCAUUGCGUUGCAGCAAAAGCAAACGCACCAAAUAAUGAGGGUGGUCUUGAAGUACGGGGACUUCAUCGGAUGAUCCGCUGCCUCACCAUACUCACGAACCUCCUCCCCCGGACGCUGCUCCAGAGCUUGAUCUUCGUGGUGGGAAUCCGGUACCUUCUGUCAGUCAGCAACGUGUCCGACCUGAUCCUGAACAGCCUGGCACUCACCUUUCUGGUCACUGUGGAUGAAAUGAUCUUCGAGGCCUUUGCUACGGAACAGGACGUCGCCGUCAUCCGGCAGUGUCAUCCCAUACUGGGCCAGUCGAUCCGCUGCGUCGAUAAGGUUCUCCGGUGCACGCGUCUGCCAGUGGGCGUUUGGAUCUUUCUGCCAAUCCUUGCCGUGGUGAGCUGUUCGGUGCUGGUCUACUCCUUCCAUACACAGAUGCGGGCAAACUUAACCUAUUGCCUCUGUGACGUCGAGGGUGCGGACUGUGCAGGUGCAAGAUUCUUCUCUGCGUUGGCGAACGGCUCAUCUUAG